UACACGUGCCUUUCACACUCACUUUUCUGACAGGAAACAUUUGAGGACACCAUAUCUCGCUGUUAAUUUCUCCCUUCGCGCCCCCUGUUUCUGUACCUAAGGUAGAUUUUUCCAAAGGACAGUUUACCCGGGUUCCAGUUAACCGGCAACCUGAGAGAGAGAACUCCUGCCAGAGAAUAAGGAAAGAAUUAAAAAAAAAAAAAAAAAAGCUGACAGGGAUUUCCAAACAUGCUUUCCACUUAAACUUCCAAAACCUGUGCCUGUCCCGGAGGGCGCCCCCUCCGAACCCCCGGCACAGGGUGGGCUGUUUGGGGAGCUGCAGGCACCUCCCGCCCGGGUCUUGCUCCUCCAACGUCCUCCCCACUCCACAAGAUAAACUCGCAUCACACGCCAGCCCGCGAAACAUCUGGAUGGGGACUCGUGUCCCAACGUAUGGGCAGUCACAGCCUCGGCUGGCUCCUGGAGCGCGAGCGCCGAAGCGCACCGCUCGGCGGGGUGGGACACUCCCCACGCUGGGUCACUCCAGCAUCCUUCCGACCAUCUGCUCCUGUCACAAGCUCCUGGCUUCGCCCCUUUGAGACCGCCCCUUGCCCCACAGCCAAUAGCAACCCUCGACCGCUCUCCACCGCUCCAAAUCUUUUCCACACCCCUACGUUCCGGGAGCCGGUUGGCUGCCGAACCCUCAGCGGAGCGCCUGUAUUUGCAUGGCGCUCGGGGAGUCUGGUAGGUGGAGCGACCCGUCGCUCCGGAAGGCAGGGCCCGCCCACUCCACUUCGGUCAGGGGCUCUCUUCCUGCGCAGUUCUUCGCAGCCUCCGCGGGGAAGUGCCGGCGCUGCUCACAGGCUCGGGUCGCAGGUCCGCGAGGAGGCAGCCCCGGCGAGCCGCCGUGCGCUCCGUCUGAAGUGGCCAGGGCACAGAAGGGCAGCGUUCCGGCCCCGAGCUGGGCAUCGCGCAGCAGGAACAGCCCCUCGGCUAGCAGUUGCCGCCACCCAGACUUUCUCUCCAGUUGCGUCUCCGCCCGGGCAACAUGUCAGAAGCCGCCGCAGCUACAGCUGCCGCCGCCACCUGGGGAAGAGCAGUUGCAGCCGCUGCGCCGGCCACGGGCGUACGGAGUCAAUAAGCCGAACUCCCCGGGUGUCCUCUCCGCGCUCACUGCUGCGGCGGGACCCGCGCCAUGUGCUGAGCCAUGUCUCUCGCCGCGCCCGCGGGCAGCGCAUGGGGCAGCGCCUGAGCGGCGGCCGAUCCUGCCUCGAUGUCCCCGGCGGGCUCCUACGGCAGCCGCCGCCGCCCCCGCCAGCGGUGAGGAGGAAGCUAGCGCUGCUCUUCGCCAUGCUCUGCAUCUGGCUGUACAUGUUCCUGUACUCGUGCGCCGGCUCGUGUGCCGCCGCGCGAGGGCUGCUGCUGCUGGGCUCGGGGUCCCACGCCGCCCGCGCCCCGCCAGCCCUGGCCACGGGUGCCGACGGGACUCCCCCCAGGCUGCCGUUCCAGGCGGUGCCAGUCACCUCGUUGAGUGCGGGCAGGGACAUUGCCGAGAGCGCCGCGGGUCAGGAGGAGCAAAGUCCUGAGGCGCCGGACUCCCCAAGCCCCAUCUCCAGCUUCUUCAGUGGGUCCGGGAGCAAGCAGCUGCCUCAGGCUAUCAUCAUCGGCGUGAAGAAGGGCGGCACGCGGGCGCUGCUGGAGUUCCUGCGCGUGCACCCAGACGUGCGCGCCGUGGGCGCCGAGCCCCACUUCUUCGACCGCAGCUACGACAAGGGCCUCGCCUGGUACCGAGAGCUGAUGCCGAGAACCCUGGACGGGCAGAUCACCAUGGAGAAGACGCCCAGCUACUUCGUCACCCGGGAGGCGCCGGCGCGCAUCUCGGCCAUGUCCAAGGACACCAAGCUCAUCGUGGUGGUGCGUGACCCGGUGACCAGAGCCAUCUCGGACUACACGCAGACGCUGUCCAAGCGGCCCGACAUCCCCACCUUCGAGAGCCUGACGUUCCGCAACCGCAGCGCGGGCCUCAUCGACACGUCGUGGAGCGCCAUCCAGAUCGGCAUCUACGCCAAGCACCUGGAGCACUGGCUGCGCCACUUCCCGCUCGGCCAGAUGCUCUUCGUGAGCGGCGAGCGGCUCAUCCGCGACCCGGCCGGCGAGCUGGGCCGCGUGCAGGACUUUCUGGGCCUCAAGAGGAUCAUCACGGACAAGCACUUCUACUUCAACAAGACCAAGGGCUUCCCCUGCCUGAAGAAGGCCGAGGGGAGCAGCAAGCCCCACUGCCUGGGCAAGACCAAGGGCAGGACGCACCCCGACAUCGACGGCGAGGUGGUGCGCAGGCUGCGUGACUUCUACCGGCCCUUCAACCUCAAGUUCUACCAGAUGACCGGGCAGGACUUCGGCUGGGAUUGACCGGCCUGGGCUGUGUUAAUUACCACUUGGCUUAUAUAUUGAGAGAGAUUAUAUGUAUGUAAAAUGUACAGAAAUCUAUUUUAUAAUAAUUUAUUUUUAAUUCAUGAGCAAUUAAUUCACUAAGAUGCCUAGCCACGCUCUUUAGAGAGUUACCUUCGUAAUCGGUUAACGUUCCAAAGUGUUUAACUCUAAUAUUUUGUUCUUUUCCUCACAAUUGAUGGUGCUUCCUUUUUUUUUUUUUUUUUUCUACGCAUAUUUAAAAAAGAAGAAAAGCACAACUUGAGUUUUUGUUGUUACGGGUAUGCAGCCUUCGAUCGAGGUCUGAAUCCACUUGCCAUCUCUCUGGUGGUGUUGGGGCUCAUAUUCCAGCUUCCGUUUCUCUUCCCGCCGGUGUACCUCUUAGGAGCACAGAGCCGCCUCAGCAGUGCUGCACUCAGAAGGCCAGACCUCCUGUGGCAGCUUCCUCGCUGACGUGAUGACAUUUCCAAGGACCUAGACGCCGAACCACAGUGCUAGGUUUCCAACCCUCAGCCUGCUCAGCACACGGGGGAUUCACUGCCUUUGCAGAGACAUCCACAGCCUUUUUGAAUCUGCACGCCAGGGUCCAUUUACUUCAGCUUUUGACUUUGAAGGAUGACUCCUCAUCCUCUACUGCCCCCAGCCUCUGGUUCAUUAACCAGCUUGAAGUGUAUGCAAAUAUCAGCCCCCUCUUUCCCAGGUCGCCUACGUGACAUGCUCGGGUGCUGCUUUAGAAAUACAGACUCUCUCUUCUAAUCUGCAUGAGAGUGCACCAUGCUCCAUUCUCCAGGCAGGCAGUUCUGCCUUGACACACCAAAGAAUCCCCUAGGCUAGCAGAACCAUCGGCACAAACCCAAGGGUUCCGGGUGUCAAGACCCAAAGGGGUCGGGGGCAUCCCACCCUGUCAGAUUCUACCAAGGUGCUGCUAGGUGCAGAGGAGCCAGCCAUGCUGCUCACAUCCCAGUGGAUGACAACUUCAAUGUGGGGAAAAGACAAAGACACACCCCACCCCACCCCCAUCCCGAGGACAGGGGACCUGGCAGAAGAAGGGAACUCCUGGCCCCUUUGUUCACGUCUGGAACUCCUGUCCUUGGGAUUUCUAGCUCAUCACAGAUUGACAACACAGUCUGUGGCCAACAUCCAAACAGCGAGAACCAGGAGUGGCUCUUCUAAAGAAGGGCUGGGAAAGCUGGCCCCACAGUGCUUAUGAGAACUUGAGCCUGGCGCUUGUGAAGCGGCUCCCUGUUUGAGCCAGGUCCUUGCAGAAGGCAUGGUUGCUGCUGAUGAAGGGUGUGCUUCCCAUACGGCUCCACUGAGAGAGCAGGUGGGGAACAUUUAUGAGGACUGGCUAGUGGCAGGUGGGUAAACACAUAGCAGUAUCACAGAAUGAUGUAUUCACAUUAUCCUCAGUUUUCUAAACCAGAAUGCUUCUACCAUAAAAUAAUUUUCAUUUGGUUUAUAGUUUCAUCAAGGCAUAUAUGGGACGAUACACAUAUUGUCCAAGUGGUUGGGUUGUGAUAUUUACAAAGGCACUUUGGUAUAUUGUAUAUUGUAUGGGAUAAGUUGCCCAAUAAGAGUAAGGAAACUUGUAUGAGAAAGAAAAAUAUAAUCCGUCUGUAGAAACUGAUCAGAGAUGUCACUGGUCUUUAAGCGAUGUCUUGUUGAUAAUCUGGUUUGUAUUUGACCACAAGUUUUAGCCCAGAUGUAGCUAGCUUAUGCUUAGCAGCAAAACUGUCAUUGUGGAAGUUCUGUGCAGCUUCUGUGUAGGAGGACAGGCAGCAAGGGGCUCUGUGCCUUCCUUGGGUGUUACAGUCAUUUCAUAGCUUCGUUACUGCUUCUGCCAAGCAGUGUAGAAGGUGCACUCGGGGAAACACUGUAAUUGUAGUGUGGUUCACCCCUCUAGCUGCUUGGAUGUCAAAGACAUCUGCAUAAGGGUGCUCACUGGUCAUGCAUUUUUCCAGUCAGAAGCCUCAUUGAAAAUAAAACCGAGAACACGUCUUUCCAGUUCCAGCAUGACAUCGCUUAGAGUGAAAGUCAGUAGUCACGUCCUCCACUUAAUCCUGCCCUGUCCGCUUCCUGGCUGCUCUCAUGCUCUGACAUGGGUCACGAUGGAGAACGGUAGAAAAGCUCAGAGAAGGGCCUGCAACACAGCAGUAGGAAAACAUGCAUGGACUUUCCCCUCCCCUUCAGGUCCCUGCCAUCUUUCCAAGCUGGACAGUCUUGAUUGUUUAUUCCCUGCCUUAAAACUGAAACAGGAAACUUUCAGAUAGAAGGAGGGUCAUUUAGUCAUGAACACUGAAGUGGGUCAAAUCCUUGAAUCCAAACAGAUGUCGAUAAUUAGUGCUGACCGACUAGUUUUCUAUGAAGACAAAUAAAUCAAACUUCCUGUGUAUCUCUUCACAGGAGUCUGAUAGCUUAUAGUUCCUUACUGAUUCGGACACAGCGUCUGCCCCAAGGUCACAAGCCAUCCUGUGAUAGUUUUUACAGAGCCAAAGACCUCAUUCUCCCUCCUGGAGAAGUUAGGCAACACAUGAAAUCAAGCCUUGAGUUUCUUCCUGUUGUAGCAAAUGGCAAGGCCAUCAACUUCAUUUUUUAGCUGUUAAAAGACAACCACCAUUUCAUGUUUGGCAAUGUUUGCUCAGGCACAUGUUUUGGGUCUUCUUUCAGUUUACAGGAAAAGCUCUCCUAUUCCUUGGUGUCCUUUAUUCCUCUCAGUUUUGUCUUUCUCAUUUAAAACAAACAGAAAGGUUAACAACAACAACAACAACAAAAAAUGGAGGGUUUUAUUGUUCCUCUCUUUUCCAUGGAUUCUCUGAGGUGCUUGCACAGUAGUAUGUUACCUUAGGGUGGAAAGGUGGUACCUGGGAAGGUAUUUAGGCAGAGUGACUGCAUAAUAAAUACUUAAUUGGGUGAUGGAGGAGGAGAAAUUGUCUUCUCAAGGGAUUGUCUCUGGAAGUCAUUUUGAGUGACACAUGCAUUUUAGACCUUCGGAGAAACACUGUUUCAGAUCCUGCCAGGAUAUUUUUGUUAAGAAAGGAAAAUGGAAGGUUCCAAUAACCUGGAAAUGCUUAUGAUGUACCUAAUGUGCUGGCAGAGAAGUCAGGGUAAUUUUGUUUUUUCAGUUUAUCAAUAAAACUCAAAAGGUGUGGUUAGAUUUUUUUUUCAUUCUUGUAACAUUAAUUUAUGCCUGAGUUUCCUUCAGCCCAGCAAUAUGAAAUACUGUGCAAAUUCUAGCAGUGUGUCCUUCUAUAACAUGGAUGUUAGAAUAGCCAAUAUGUACAAAAAAAUUAAAUCAAGUAUUUUGUGCUAUGUAUGACACAGAUUAAUUUUACACAGAGAAAGAUGUUUCUAGGAAAAUGAAAUUCUGGUAAUUCAUACUAUUUCUUUGUAUGAACAAAUAAAAUAUAUUUUACCAA